AAAAUUGAUGUGAGACAAAUUAUGUUAAAUACUGAACCAAAGUCCAUAAUAGACAGAGUAUUAAAUCGAGAAUCGAGACAAAUAGUUCUAGAUAGGAUCAUACAGAAUCAUAAUAAUAAUACUGUCACAAUAAUUAUCAAUCCUGAACAAAUUAAAAGUUGUGUACAAGAACACUUAUACCAAUGGACAGAAGAGCAACAAUUUAGACACAAAUGGAAUGGUAACAAUAUAGAUACAUCAAUUAAAAAACAUAUCAAAAAAGAAACAAAUUGGAAAUGGUCACAAGAAUUGUGGCAACAAUCUAAAAUUACUGACAACAAAACUUCAACUAGAGAUAACUCACUUCGCUCUUUCUCAAUAAAACUACUAAAUGAGGAACUUCCAACAAUGAAAGUAUUACAUACAAGAAAACCUGAGAUAUAUAAGGAUAAAAAAUGUCCUUUUUGUAAUAUAUAUGAUGAAACCAAUGCACAUGUAUUCAUGUGCAAGGACACCCCAAACACUUUAAAAAAUACUUUUUGUUAUAUUCUUAAAAAAGUAUUCACACAAGAAACAGGAAAGAAAACUGAUUCAAAUAUGUUAAAGAAAUAUACAAUAGUCACUUUCUCCAAUGAAAAACUACAUAAAUCAAGUUGCAAUAACGAAAACAGUUAUACUCAAAACAUUUCACAAAUGGAAAGAAAUACUUCGAAAAGUAAAGGGAAAAGACCAUUUGAUAACUUUGAAUAUUUAGAACUUAAAAAACAAUUAGUACAAUGGGAAAAGAAAAUAUCUAUCGAG